AAUGGAGUUGUUACUCCCUGGGUAAUAGUACAUCCGGGUCCUUCCGCAGUUUACCUGUUUCAGAGCACAGAGUGCUGUAGCGCCAGGUGAGGUGGAAUCUGGUGCAGGCAUGGCUGUAGACUGGCUCGGGUAUCUCUUCGCUGCACUGACAGCAACAGGAGGCAUCAUAGGUUAUAUAAAAGCAGGCAGUGGCAUGUCAUUGGUAGGCGGAGUGAUCUUUGGGUCCUUGGCGGCGCUCGGGUCUUUCCAGGUGUCUAGAAAUCCCAAAAACAUCUGGCUUUCGUUUGGGACAUACGGGACGCUGGCGGCUGUGAUGGGAGUCAGGUUUCUGAGCUCAUGGAAAAUAAUGCCGGCCGGGCUGAUGACGGGAGCGAGUUUAUUCAUGGUUUUGAGAUUAGUCCUGGGGUUCCUGUGGCCACGCACGAAAAAAAACUCAUGAUCAAGCUGGAAAUAAAAGUAAGAAGGGAAUUGAAUAACUACCUGCAUCUGCUUGUCUUUCUCACGACCCUGUUUGUUGGCAGGAACCGAGGAAAAUUGUUAUUCAUAUCGUGUUAAAUUAUGACAUUGUUCUAGAAAAAAAUAAUUCUUUUUUCAUUUUUAUUUUUCAAUCAAACAACUAGACACAGCAGAGUUUAUGUUAACAUUUUUAUUACGUUAUGUAUGUUUUUAUUUUGUUUUUACUGUUUAUCAAUUAAUUAUUUUACACAUCAAAUAAAAGUAUUAAAAC